AUGGCGGUUAAGUCACUUGCUGAGCUAUGCGUACAAAUAUGUCAAAAGCACAUCAACCAACUCACGAGCUUCGGCGAUGGGGAUGUGUUCGUCCCCCCCGGUUAUGUCCGUGAGAUUUUGCUCAGAGUCACGGACCCAACUCAGCUGCGCCAAAUCGAGAUCAACUCCCCAUACAUCGAUACGGCUGAUAUCUGGAAACGCCUCAUAAGCCGGGAAUUUCCAGUCGAAAGUCGUGACAAGGACUACAUUCCUCCCAAGCCGGCGCAGUGGUAUGAAGUCUAUGAGAAAUAUUCCAGCGAACGCCAGAUUUCCCAAAUGGAGGCCGAGGAGCAAUUGCGUCGCCAGUUUCAAGGCCUCCAAGAACAGAAGGAUUCCAGGGUCAGCAAGCUUGUCGAUCAGCGCUUUUUGCCCCGGCCACCCAAAACUGGUCGCAGCAUUGGGGGCCAGAACAGAUCCUCGAAGGUUUUCUCGAGGGCAUCGAGCUUUGGCGGUGGUGGAAGGUCUAAACUAAAUAGCGGUGCUAGUGUUCUGAGGAGAGCUCGAAGGGAAGCGGCUGAGCAUGCGCUGAUGCGUGGUGUCCUUGCCACUCCGUCCAACACGCCGCCGACUGGGGCGGUAAAGAUGAUGCCGGCAUACAUCGUGGAAGGACGUCGCAUGCUUUCACAGCCGUUUUUCAGA